CCAAAGGGAUGUGGCAAUCAACACAAACAAAAUUAGUCGUCGUAGACCGAGAAAACUUAGGGCGAAACGAAAGAUAAAAAAAGCACACAUAAUUCAUUCCUCUCUUCCAUCUCGAUUAUUCCAGAAACUGCAACAAGCGAGAGAGAACAAUGGCGUCCUUGCUUCAAGCGAUUGUAGAUCCAAAGAAGAACUGGUUCGCUGCUCAACACAUGAAAGCCGUUUCCAAUCGCCUUCGCAAAUACGGUCUCCGAUACGACGAUCUGUACGAUCCGUUAUACGAUGUGGAUAUUAAGGAGGCUUUGAAUCGCCUUCCCAAGGAGGUUGUGGAUGCACGCCACGCGCGUCUUAAGCGUGCUAUUGACCUUUCCUUGAAGCAUGAGUAUCUCCCUGAGGAUCUUCAGGCAAUGCAAACACCGUUCAGGGGCUACCUUCAGGAGAUGCUGACCUUUGUGAAGAGGGAAAAAGCAGAGCGUGAAGCAUUGGGAGCUUUGCCCCUAUAUCAACGAACCUUCCCAUAAGUGCUUUAAGUAUUACAUGAAGCUAUUUUGAUUGGAAUUGGAUGCUGAUUUGUAUAAUUUUGUGGUAGAAUGUUUUCGUUGAAGAAGAAAUCUUCGACAGCUUUGAUGAAACCUUAUAUGGAUCAUAUUUUUUUUAAUGCUAUAAACUUACCUCGAGCAUUUUCUAAUAAAUGGCAACAAUAAACUAAUUUGCCUUUAUAAUUUA